AUGUCGAAGAAGAUACUUAUGCUACAUGGCUUUGUCCAGAGCGAUCGAAUAUUCUCUGCCAAAACUGGUGGCUUGCGUAAAGCUUUAAAGAAGAUGGGGUAUGAGCUUGAUUAUCCAUGUGCGCCUAUACUAGUGGAUAAAAGCUCUUUGAUGAGCUCUAGCUCUCAAAAGGAAGUGGAAGCUUCCGUUGCAAAACAAUUCAAUACUGACUUGGGGGUAGGAAAGGAUGGUUCAGAGAAUCAACUGUAUGGUUGGUGGCAAAGGAAAGCAGGUGGUGACUUCUACUCCUAUGAGAUUCCACAAAAUACACUUGAUUUUCUGAGACAAUAUAUCGUUGAGAAUGGACCCUAUGACGGUGUCAUUGGUUUUAGCCAAGGUGGUGGUAUGGGUGCUUACCUUGUGUCAGACCUGAACAAUCUGCUAAACUUGAGCAAAGAGCAACAGCCUGACCUUAAAUUCUUUGUGGCAUUCAGCGCAUUUAGACUAGAACCUGAACAGUAUGCACAACACUUCAAGACCCACCCAAUAAGUGUUCCAACAUUGGUGAUUCAAGGCGAAUUGGAUACAGUAGUCUCAGAAACCAGAGUAAUGAGUCUAUAUGAUGCCAUCCUCCCUCAAUAUAGAGCUCUUCUGAAACACCAUGGCGGCCAUUUUAUCCCCAACCAGAAGCCCUUUUUAAACCAGGUUUGCGGCUGGAUUCAAUCAGUCACUACAAAUCCAUCAAAUGAUGAGGACAUGGAUAUCGACAUGAACAGUAUCAAGAGCAGUGCUAAGAGUAGUAGCACUCAACUACAAAUGGAUGACGACCUACUAGACAUGAUUGACUCCAUGGGCAAACUAUAA